UCCUCUCCCCUAUUACUUCUGCUCUCUUCUUUCAUUCUGAUUUGCCUUAAUGAAAUCGGAGGUUUCUGAAAUGGAAGGCGGAGACGGUGGCUGUAGCAGCGGAGCUGGAAGGAGCAGUUGCGACACCUUCGCCCUUAGUGAACUACCUCAAGAUUGCAUCGCCCACGUCAUUUCGUUCACUUCCCCUCGAGAUGCCUGUCGCUUGUCGCUUGUUUCGACUACCUUUAAAUCGGCGGCUGAAUCCGACACCGUCUGGGAGAGCUUCCUGCCGUCGGAAUACCAGGCUUCGAUUCCCUCAUCUCUCUGUUGCUCUUCCAAGAAACAACUUUAUCUUAGCCUUUGUGAAAAUCCCCUCCUCAUCAAUGGGGGCCGAAAGAGUCUUCAAUUUGAAAGAGGGAGUGGCAAGAAAAUUUAUAUGCUAUCUGCCAGGGACCUCUACAUUGUGUGGGCUGACACUCCUACGUAUUGGAGGUGGAUUUCAAUACCUGAAUCCAGGUUUGAAGAGGCAGCAAAGCUUAUUAAUGUAUGUUGGCUCGAAAUCCGUGGGAAGAUUGCAAUCUCCAUGCUCUCACCCAUGACGCACUACAAGGCUUACCUUGUAUUCAAGCCAUCCAGUGGAGCUUACGGGUUCGGUUUCCAUCCUGCAGAGGUUAGUUUCGGCCUUGUUGGCACUGAAGGUUAUAAGAGAACCGUCUACAUGGAUGCAGACAGAGGCCUCCGCCAACGUUACCAGAUUGUACCAAGACGAAUUGGGCUUUUCACCCGUUCCCGUUUUCUCGGGUUGCAAAAUCCGGCACCUAGAACUGUGGCCAGUGAUGAUGAUCAAUAUCCAAAGGCUAGAGGAGAUGGGUGGCUGGAGGUCGAAUUGGGUGAGUUAUUCAAUGAUGGAUGCACCGAUGGCGAACUGGAAAUGAGUGUUUUGGAGGUAAAAGGUGGCUAUUGGAAGGGUGGUCUCAUUGUCCUGGGGAUUGAAAUCAGGCCUAACCUCUGCAAAUGAUUUCGAUCGGCAACAGGUAUGUUCAAUUAUUUUCCGACCCUGUUUAUAUAUCGAGAGUUAAAAUCUCGAACAUGUGGUGUUCAUCGAAUUUGUGUCAAGAUGUGAAUACUGUUUGAAAAAUAACUAGUUAACUAAGGGUUACCUCGGAUUGGCAUGCAAAAUUUUUGACAUCUCUCAAUUGAAUGAUUACACAAGACCUAGUCAAUUUUGUGUGCUUGUACUGGAUGAUAUUUGUUACGCAAUGUAGAGACAGGAUAAUUAACCUUUUCUAGAAA